UUCUUACAUCAUAAUACAGUGUAGGCCUAUGUAAUGCCGUUUAAAACAAAAGAUUGUUUCUCUUUUGCUCGCUGAAGGCUAAUCAAAGACAUGCACACACGUAACCUAAACCGUUAUCCCCGCGCAUGCACAUAUCUUUGUUCAGUAGAUGCAUAAAUGACGAUCAAUGCGAUUAAAACACAUAUAUACGCAUACUUCCAAAUGUGAAUAGCAAGAUCAAAUGUUGUUCUUGUAACUCGCCCCGGCUCAGGCAGGGUUGAGCUAAUUGUAGCCUAAUCCUGCCCCGGGGCGUUUGGAGAGCCUUGAGCAAGAAUUCUUGUUCAGCUGUCCUCUGUUAUUCGGGCUGGAACGCUGUGCCUUCAACGCACUCUCACGCUUCAACAAAAAAGGAGCAAGAAAGCAAAAACGCGAGGCUAAGACACGCCACGAUCGAUCUCAUGUUUUAAAGAGGGCUGAAGAUACAUUUACAGCUAUGUCUUCCAAGGAGGGAAGGAGCAUGUCUCGGCUGUCUUUGACCCGAUCCCCAGUGUCUCCUCUGGCCACUCAGGGAAUCCCACUACCGGCUCAGCUGACUAAAUCGAACGCUCCAGUCCACAUUGACGUAGGCGGGCACAUGUACACCAGCAGUCUGGCCACCCUCACCAAAUACCCAGACUCCAGAAUCAGUCGCCUGUUCAACGGCACAGAACCGAUUGUUUUGGACAGUCUGAAGCAGCAUUAUUUUAUCGACAGAGAUGGAGAGAUAUUCCGCUAUAUCCUGAGCUACCUGAGAACCAGCAAACUGCUUCUUCCUGACGACUUCAAGGAGUUCCAGCUGCUGUAUGAGGAAGCUCGGUAUUACCAGCUGACGCCCAUGGUGAAAGAGCUGGAGCGCUGGAAACAGGACCGGGAGCAGCGGCGGGCGGCUCAGCCCUGCGAGUGCCUGGUGGUGCGGGUGACCCCUGACCUGGGCGAGAGGAUUGCCAUCAGUGGGGACAAGGCCCUCAUAGAGGAAAUUUUCCCAGAGACAGGGGACGUCAUGUGCAAUUCAGUCAACGCCGGCUGGAACCAGGAUCCAACCCACGUUAUUCGCUUUCCACUGAAUGGCUACUGCAGGCUCAACUCUGUGCAGGUUCUGGAGAGACUGUUCCAAAAAGGCUUCAGCAUGGUGGCCUCGUGCGGCGGGGGUGUGGACUCCUCCCAGUUCAGUGAAUACAUCCUGAGUCGGGAAGACAGACGGUGUCAGACCAGCCACACGCCCAUCAGGAUAAAACAGGAGCCUCUGGACUAGCCAGCUCUUGUGCCAACCAUGAACACCGGAGUCUGCUUUUGAAAGAAAAACAAAUGCCAGCGGACAAAUAGAAGACUUAAUUUGCAAGGAGAGUUUGCUUCAACUCUUUGGACUUGGACUGAAAUCUUAGUAAAUGUAUUUCAUCAACGACCCCAAAUCUGCUCCAAAAAAUGCUUUACAAACCCAAGCGAGCCACAGGAUGGCUUUUCAUCUGCUGACCUCCAGUUGAACUUUUUAGCCGCUUCUUUGGCUCGAGUCAUGAAAAAAAACAUUCAUAGAUCUAUAUUUCCACAGUACAUAUCCAUAUAAGUUUGCCAUUGUAUGUGCAUAAAAGAG